CACACUUAACUGAAAUGAGAGAAAGGGAAAGAAAUUAUCCGAACAACGCCCUCCUAUCACUGCCACGUCACCGCAUUUGCACCCAGCUUUCCUCCCAUCCCAUGGCUUCCCUCCUCUGCCCCGCCUCUUCCUGCCCCUCUGCUUCACUGCGCCGCACAGCCGCCUCCCCCGCUGCACCAUCCUUCGCCUCAAGUCGGCACUACGGAGCCCCGCUUACGUUCCGAGUCGCCUCUCAGCCGCCGCAGGCCCUUGCCGCGGCCCCUUACGGCUACGGCAGCGACCUGCUCAGGCCCAUCGACACACAGACGAUCAUCAUAGCCGCCGCCGUCGUAUCCGCAGUCUCCCUCUCUCUCGUCCUCGGCCUCAAGGGCGACCCGGUGCCGUGCGACAGGUGCGCUGGGAAUGGGGGCACGAAGUGUGUGUUCUGCAACGAUGGCAAAAUGAAGGUGGAAAAUGGAGUCGUUGAGUGCCGUGUAUGCAGAGGAGCAGGGCUAAUACUUUGCAAGAAGUGUGCUGGUUCUGGAUACUCCAAGCGGUUGUAGCGGAAUCCCGGUUUGACUGGCAUUCUGUGCAGUUUGACAUCCGAAAGAUGGACUUUGUACAGAUGUAUAUACACUCUUCUCUUCUCUAUCAGCAAAUAUGUAUGUCCAGGCAGAGAUGAGCUUGAAGGGAAGCUGAUUUACAGUCUGCUGAUAUAUUAUCAGUUGCAGUUCAUUUAUCA